GCGUUGCUCCAUGUAUUUUUACCCGAAGUUCGCCAAAGAAAAGAAUCAUUACCGUUAAACGUGUCGUCGAAGCAGGAGCCACAGAACGAGUACAACCAGAAGAAUCUUGAAACUUGAAAUUGAUUUAGUGACCAUGUGUGACAAAUCGUUUUUUUCCUGCUGCCACCGAGCAACAACUGCAACUGCAACUGCAGCUGCAACUUCGAUUGCGUUUGCGGUGCUGUCAUUGUGUGUGCUGCCGGCGUACGUGAGUGCCACAAACACUGGCGUUGUUGAUGCGUAUGAGACGGACAAGGCUCUUAUUGCUGCCGAGGUGCAGCAGUUCAAGACGGAUGCGCUGUUGAGAAUUGAUAACUUCCUGCAACACAAGCUGCCGGAGAAGGCGCGUUCGCAGGGUGAAGGGUUGCGUGCCGAGGCGUUGCAGCAGUUCGAUCACUGCGCACAGUUGGCCACAAGCAAGGAGGAGAUCUGGCGUUUUAGGGAAUGGGAGAUCUGGCGUUUUAGGGAAUGUGCGGCGAAAGAGUUGGGCGGUACGAUGAAACAGCUCGGCCUGCUGGUGGAGCAGGCGUACAGUGGUGCGAGCACUAUGGCAACGCAUGCCUUUUGGUGGAAAUUGUUGAAAUUUGUUGGUGUCUUCUGAGAUGCUCAGUUAAUUUGAAAUAGAAACAAAAUUGUUGAAAA